AGGGCGGCGGCCGUGGCCCCUCAUGCUGCGGCGCCCUCUGGCCAGGCUGGCGGCAGCGGCCCUGGGCCGGGCCCCCUCAGACGGGAUGUCAGGACCAAGGCCUGUCGUCCUGAGUGGACCUUCUGGGGCUGGAAAGAGCACUCUACUCAAGAGACUUCUACAGGAGCACGGCAGCAUCUUCGGGUUCAGCGUGUCCCACACGACGAGGGACCCGAGGCCAGGAGAAGAGAAUGGCAAAGAUUACUACUUUGUGACCAGGGAGGUGAUGCAGCGGGACAUUGCUGCCGGGGACUUCAUCGAGCACGCUGAGUUCUCGGGGAACCUGUAUGGGACUAGCAAAGCCGCUGUGCGUGUGGUGCAGGCCAUGAACAGAAUCUGCGUGCUGGAUGUGGACCUCCAGGGUGUGCGCAACAUUAAAAAGACUGACCUGAGGCCCAUCUACAUCUGUGUGCAGCCACCCUCUCUGGAAGUCCUGGAGCAGAGGUUGCGGCAGCGGAACACGGAGACCGAGGAGAGCCUGGCCAAGCGGCUGGCUGCUGCCCAGGCAGACAUGGAAAACAGUGAGUAUGUGGGCCUGUUUGACCUGAUCAUCGUCAAUGAUAACCUGGACAAGGCCUACGGGAUCCUGAAGGAGGCACUCUCGGAGGAAAUGAAGAAGGCCCAAGGGACAGGCUGCUCCUGAGGAUGCCAAUGGCUAUGUCCCCCCUGUACAGGAUCCUGUACCCAUCCUGGUGGCCAGGGUGACCCUGGCAAUGUUGCCUCUGCCUGCCUCUUUCUGGGUGCCCCUGAUCAAUCCUGCUCUCCUGUGGGAGCUGGGCCCACGUCCUAAUAAAGAGCUACUGGUUGGAGUGUC